AUGUACAGGGAAGGAAAUUACUCUGAAUGAUGAUAUAGUUCAAGAAGAUAUGCUGACAAAAUAAGGCACUAGCGAAACCAGCAUUCUUAUAAUGAAAGUAGGGUUUCUCAGAAUCUGUUGGUCUGUGGCACUGAGCCCUAUAAAGCUCGUAACCACCGUGCCCUCCCGUCUCUAACGCCAGAUGUGAGCAGUGCCUCUUUCGCGCUACAGCAGCCUUACUUUCGGAUUGGUCAGUAAACCAAGCGCUUGGAGAGUUACUGCCGAGAAACCUAGCGACUCUCACCAUCAAAGACCGCGAACAGCCUAUUUUAAGGGGCGUGGAUAAGAGCUGAGUGAGUGGAAUGGCCAGGACUGUCGUUGUUUUGAGUCAAACUCACUGUGCUGAGCCCCACAGCCUGGUACUGUGUGGGUGCUAACAGAGAGGAACAAAGCAUGUGGACCACAUCUGCUAUGACAGUCAACAUGUCUGAGGCUGAGCCAGACCACAUUAACUGCACCAUCAGCCAUGAGAUCCACCAGUACCUGUUCUCUGUGGCCUACAUCCUGGUUCUUUUGAUUGGCGUUCCCACCAACGCCUACUCCCUCUACCAUGCCUGGCUUCAGCUGAGAGACAAGAACGAGCUGGGGAUCUACCUGCUCAACCUGACCGUGUCAGACCUCCUCUACCUGGCCUCUCUGCCUCUCUGGCUGCAGUACAUCUUCCAGGGAGAUGACUGGAGACAAACUGAGUGGCUUUGCCAGCUGUGUGGCUUCCUGCUCUAUGAAAACAUUUAUGUUAGUAUCGGAUUCUUAUGUUGUAUCUCUAUAGACCGUUACCUGGCCGUAGUGUACCCAUUCCGCUUCACAGCUUUUCGAAGUAUGCGGGCAGCCACGUUGGCCAGCGCCUUCAUCUGGCUGAAAGAGAUUGCUGUGGGUGUUGUCUUUUUCAGACACAAGGAGCUAAGCAGGGACAGCACCAACCAAUCAGUGUGCUUUGAGCACUACCCCAUGCAGCCGUGGGAGUACCCAAUCAACUACUACCGUUUCGCUGUUGGCUUCCUGUUCCCACUAGGCAUCCUGUCCGUGUCGUAUCUCCGCGUCCUGCGGGCGGUCGGAAAAAGCGUAGGCACGCAAAGCACCCAGAAAACACGCAUCAAGAACCUGGUGACCAGCACCAUUGUCAUUUUCCUGGUGUGUUUCUCUCCAUACCACGUGUUCCUGCUGGUGCGUACCAUCUUAGAAAGAGACUGCCCCUUCAUAAUCAACAUCUUCAACUACUACCACGUCUCCCUGCUGCUCACCAGCUUCAACUGCGUGGCCGACCCAGCACUGUACUGUUUCGUCAGUGAGAGGGCCCAGCAGGGGAUCCAACAAGCCCAGGAGGCCUGUAGGCAGGCCCUCUGCUGCUGCUGCCACAGGGGACAGCACAGCCCUGUCACAGCCACAGGUACAGACUCCGAGGUGGCCACCUCCAGCGAGAACAGAAAAGUCUCAGUCACACUGCUGACGUCUAGUAGUAAUAUUAAUAAUACAUGGGUUUUAUGAAGCUCUUUUGAAGGACCUAAAGACACUUGAAUAGUAGACUAGGAGCUAGGGUUGGAUUUGGAUGAGAGAGAAGGUCGGGGAAAACAUACAUACAGUGACAGGACAUUGGACAUGAGACAUUGGACAAUGAUAUGAUUAUGGCCAGUCCCAUGAGCAGUAACAUGUGAAGUUCAUAGGAGCCCAUCAAAUUCGCUGUCAAAUGAAAGCUAAGAGUCUAUAUUUUAAAGAAAUUAACUUAUAUAUACAUUUUUCAACCAUUUCCAAUGCAAAACAUGUGGAAUAAGCAAAGGCUUUGAUUUCUGUUCAACCAGAUAGAAAAGGGGUCUUAUAAAACAUCUACCAGAAAAGGUCUUAAAGGUAUUAGAAAUACAUCAAAACCCAGUAAUGUUGAAGUAAAGACCCUUCCAAGUAAUAUCUAUAUAUUUAUAUUUAGUUUUGCAGAAAUUUUUUGACAUCUGUAAGUUUAAGGAAUAUUGCCUAGUGUCUUGUCAUUCUCUUACCAGAAACAUAUCUUUAAGAUAUUUUCUCAUUUCUCUCCCUCAUGAGGAGGGAGGAUAAUGAAAGUUCACAUAAGUAACAAUUAAAGGUAGACCUACCGAUUUGAGUGUUUUUACUGAUAACAAUUUGGUUUAUGAUUUAUUAAGUGAUUUAAAACGUGCCAUUUUUGUUACCAAAUUGGUAACGGAAUGACUUCUCCAAUUGAAGUCACUUCUCCUGGUUCUUAUUGUCACCUAGCCAUGACUCUCAUGAGCCCUCUCUAUUUCCAUUUACUGUAACCAGCCCUCUCACCCACUGAGCACCGACGGACACCGCACGUCCAUGGACGUGGAAAGUAGUUUACAUUUUGUCAGUCCAAAUCUAAACCAAUCAUAGAUGUCUGUUUCUACUCUACUGUACUGACCUUUACUAUGCUGAACUAUACUGUGCUGUACUGACAUUUACUUUUCUGAACUAUACUGUACUGUACUGACCUUUACUGUACUCUGCUCUACUGUGCUGUAUUUUGGUGCUGUACUUUGUUGUCCAAACGUGUGAAACAAUGACGUCUAUGAUUGGUACAGAUUUGGUCCGAACCGGACCAACCAGAUUUGGUCUUGUUUGGGGCCGGAGCUCAUUAGAAUAAUAGCCAUUGUGUAGAAUAAUGCAUUACAUUUGUUCUACCUUUUGUGUACCUUUUCAGGAUACAUCACAAUAAUUAUGCACUUCUGUAUAGUACAGAUCAAUGGUCUCAUGAUGUGACCAUCUGUUUCCCGGGUGUUAAUCCACUUCACUUACUGUAUGUAGUUCAAUAACCAAAGUAGAUUUUUCUUUUCAAACUCAAGUUGUCAUAUCAUAGCUGACACCGAUUCUUUCUGCAAACAUCUUUGAAUCUUAAUUUGGAGUAAAACGUGGUCCAAAAAAACUGAGGGAGAUUAUAUUGGCAUUCUGUUACCAAACUUUACAUCUGCACUGUUCUUCGAGUCAAUGUUUCUGUCAAAUAUUCAGUGGGAAUUGUUAAAAGUUGUGCAUAGAGCUGUAUGCUUUGUUGAACUUUGCAAUCAAUGGUUUUUGUCUGGCAUACAGUCUGUGUCAUUCUGUUACAGUGGCCUUGGACAUAUGACAUAGUAAAAGUGUUAUCAUUAAGGUAGUAACAUAUGAAUAUGAUGCUUUUUGUUUUUUAAAUGAAUGUUUUAUACUUUCUUUAACAUGUGCAGGACACUUGCACAGGUGAUGCUGCCUUGUGUAUAAGCCUGAGUUGAAAACUAUCUUCAAUACCAAGUUCUUUCUGCAACAUUGUCAGGUUUUAAUCUUUCAUCACAUUAUGUAAUAUUCAUUGUGUGUUUUUGGUUUUGAGAGUGACUCUGAAUUCAUAUGACAUAUCAGCACAGAUUCGACAUAUCAGCACAGAUACGACAUAUCGACAUAGCCUCUUGACCAAACUUAUCUCUAUUUCCUGAUUGUUUCUUUUUAAGUACACUGAACAAAAAUAUAUAAAGUGUUGGUUUCAUGAGCUGAAAUAAAAUAUCCCAGAAAUGUUUCAUACAUACAAAAGCUUAUUUCUCUUAAAUGUUGUGUACACAUUUGUUUACAUUCCUGUUGGUGAGCAUUUCUCCUUUGCCAAGAUAAUAAUCCACGUGGCAGGUGUGGCAUAACAAGAAUCUGAUUAAACAGCAUGAUCAUUACACCUUGUGCUGGGGACAAUAAAAGGUCACUCUAAAAUGUGCAGU